GGAGUAACAAGCAUCCAAGCUUUCACCUUUAUAUUCGUAAAUAAUGUUAGUGUGAUAAAAGGGACAACCUAAAGAAAUGCAGUAUCAAAGAUGAUGAAUGCUUAAAAUCAGUAUAUCAAGGCAUCGUUAAGGAUAUUGCAAAAAGUGGUAUUCCGGAUUUAAACAUGCCUCCACUAGACCCUUUAACAGUGAGCAAUGUCGUGGUGAACAUUUUCGACACUGUCACUGGAACUCUUGUCGAUGGAGAACUCAAGGGCAUUGAAAAUUGUGUUUUCAACAAAUUUCAGAUUGAUGUACAAAAAAAAAUUACAACACAACAUAUCACUUGUGACAUAGCAAUUCAAGGCACUAUCAAGUUAGCUGGCAAAAAUCCGGCGAUGCAGGCGGUACUUGGAACCUCUUCUGUGGAUGCCUUUGGAAAGGGAGGAUUCAAAAUGGAGAAAAUUAGCUUGAAAUUCGAGGCCCCAUUCAGUCUAUACAAGAAAGAUGAUGGUAAAAUUUACCUGAAAGUGGACGACAAGGCUGUCAAAUACCUAUACAAUAUAAAAGAUGCACACUUCUGGGCUGACAAGAUUACUAUUGGAAACGAAGAUAUAAGCAAAAUAGGAGUGGAGUAUAUGAAUAAAAACUGGAGAGUUAUCAUGGAAAGUUUUGGGACCUUAUUCGUCGAUACAUCUAUACCCAUGUAUUUCGGCUUGGCUAAUCAGUUCUAUGGUGCUUUCCCCAUGAACAGCUACAUAAUUGAAGAUUUGUCAUCUUACGUUAAAUAAUAAUUGAGUUGCUAU